AUGGUACACCUCGUGGCUGUGCCAGAUGCAAUCACGGCAAGUGGCUGUGCUUGUGUCUUUACUGACACCAUCUUCCGACUUCAUGGGUUGCCCCGUGAACUCGUAUCAGACAGAGAUCCACGAUUCACUGCUGAUUUCUGGCGUUCCGUGUUCAAAUCACUCGGAACGCGCUUGAAGAUGUCGACAUCUGAUCAUCCAGAGUCAGAUGGUCAGACGGAACGUGCCAAUCGUGUCCUUGAAGAGAUACUUCGAGGAUACGUACACUCCUUUAAGAGUUGGAGUGAGUUUUUGCCAAUGGUAGAGUUUGCCAUUAACAACUCGGUGCAUGCGUCCACGACACAUACACCGUUUUACGUGAAUGGCUUGCGCCAUCCGCGUGUACCCACCUUACUAGAGUGUAAUUCUGGUUUAAGGGGGGGAGGAACUCGUGCGAGCAAAAACCGAUUUGGUUCACGAUCAUCACGCUCUGACGAAGAGGUCAUUGCGUUUGAUGCCGAUAUCGAUAACAUCGAUAUCGAAGAAGAUGAUGCCAGUGAGAGUGCGGAAGCCCUCACUGAAGAAGAUGAUGCCAGUGAGAGUGCGGAAGCCCUCACUGAAGAAAAUGUUGAUGUUGCUGUAGUGCGCUCACAGCGCACUGAAGCUAACGAGUCAUCAGAUGAGUUCAUACUGGCUCGUGAAACGGUAGUCCGUUUUGUGCAAGACUCCAUCGCCGAAGCAGUGGAUCAGCAAAAGCAAAACGCUGACAAGAAUGGAAGGCAGUAA